AUGCUAAAACCAAGAAUCCUCCUCCUCGGCAAGAUCGAGCACGCUCCUAAAGCCUGGUCCUUCGUCUCCAGUCUCGGACAAGUAAUGACUCCCAAAUCCACCAACCGCGCCGACUUCAUUCGAGAAUGCAAAUCCGGAAUCUUCGACGAAUGCCUCGUCGCCUUUCGCACUUUCUCCAGCGUCAAAAUCACCGGACCUUGGGACGCCGAACUCAUCGCCGCAUUGCCCAGGGGUCUUGAAUUCUGCGCUCACAAUGGAGCGGGAUAUGAUCAGAUUGACGUGCAGGCUUGCUCUGCUCGAGACCCUCCACUGCGAAUCUCGAAUGUACCCACAGCUGUUGACGAUGCGACGGCCGAUACAGCGGUUUUCCUCAUGCUAGGUGCUCUGAGGAGGUUCAAUACUUGCAUGACGAUGCUCCGAGAUGGGCAGUGGGGAGGAGGCCAAGAACCGCCACUAGGUCACGAUCCUGAAGGGAAGGUGCUGGGUGUCCUGGGUAUGGGUGGUAUUGGCCGGAACAUGGCGAAGAAGUGCGCCGCGUUCGGCAUGUCCACUAUCUAUCACAAUCGCAACCCGUUGUCCGCCGAGCUAUCGGGCGGUGCGAAGUACGUCUCCUUCGACGAACUGUUGGCCGAGUCAGAUGUGUUGAGUCUCAACCUUCCGCUGAACAAGCACACACGACACAUCAUCUCCACGCCCGAAUUCGCCAAGAUAAAGCGAGGAGUGGUCAUCAUCAACACUGCGCGAGGAGCGGUGAUGGAGGAAGCGGCACUGGUGGAGGCACUGGAAAGUGGCCAGGUAGGAUCGGCGGGACUGGAUGUGUUUGAAAAGGAGCCGGAAGUUCAUCCUGGACUGUUGAAGAAUCCGAAUGUGAUCAUGUUGCCACAUAUGGGCACUUCGACCGUGGAGACGAUGAGGGCUAUGGAGGAGUGGGCGAUUUCGAAUGUCAGAAUGGUGCUGGAGCAAGGCAGAUUGAAGAGUCCUGUGCCAGAGCAGAAGAGCCUAUGA